AUGAAUCGAACGUCAUGUUCGUGCGUUUUGAAGACGGUGAGUAGUUUAUGUUUUUCUGAAUUUUUGAAAAAAUAUAUUUUUGAGAGACCUUUGUUCUAACAAACAUCCUUUUUCUAUAAUAACUUUAAGGUAGCAAACAACCAAUUUUCCGCGGUCUAUCACCUACAAAGAGCAAGUUUUGAAAAUCUACGAGUAGCACAAAGAAUUGAGAACUUCUAAAAAAAAGUCAUCAUUUUUUAUCUUUACAUAAAAUCUGCUUUUCAGGCAGUGCUAAUGCUAACCCUCCUUGCCCUUUACUCUCUAAUAGCUGGGUUUUCCUACUACGGCUUUCAAAUCAAAGAAUAUCAGUCACAAUUUAAUGUGGACGGGCCUUUCCAAAAUGAUGACAAGCAAGCUCAAGAACUUAAAACACGAUUUCUGAGUCACUGAAUCAGCCGUGGACAUAGAAAAAAAUCGAUUUUGAGUUUUAGAUUUUAAAAUGACCGCAGGUAUCCAGUAAACCUAUUCCUGAAAGAUUUUUGCCUAAUUCUCUCAUUAACCUACUGUAAUUUACAAUUUAAUGUUUUUACAGUGAUCGACAAUUACAGCAAUAUUACUCACUAGAAAUGGCUGAAAUUGAGAAUACUGAUGUUUUAGGCUACGCCCGUCAUAAAAACACUGAAUUUGGACCGUCGGGUUACUGUAACAUACCGCAAUGUGGGUUCGGCCGAACAAAAUCGGCCAUAAAAAAGUUAUUUCCAAAAUGCCGCAGCUGAUUUUUACAUAUGUUAAUCAGCGUAAAAUUCUGCCCUAUAAACAUUUAAAAAAAGUGUAAAAAGUCAUCACCCCUUUUUCGUGGUGUAGUGGAUUUUGGUCAAAAUUAGUAAUCCGAAGGUCGCGGGUUCGAUCCCCGUGGAAGGAAAAUGCGUAAAACUGCAGAAAACCUCAAAAAAUCGGUUGAGGUGGAUUGAUUAUGUAUAUCAGAAAUAUGAAAAAUUGUAUCAAAGUUGAUUUCCGAACUUGAAAGCAUUUUUUGAUGAUGAAACUUGGAUUUUGGUUUCCGUGGAUUAUGGUGCAAAUUUAGUCUAGGAAUGGCUAGAGUUGUUUAUAAUUAGGUUUUUUAGCCUUCUGAAUUCAAUGGAGCAGGGUUUUUGGCCAUAGGAUUACUGUAACAUGGACAAAACGGAUUUCGGCCGCUUAAAAUCGGCCGUAAAACGGUUGUUUCUAAACAUACGCAGCUAAUUCUUCAAUUUUUGGAAUCAGCGUGAAAUUCUGCUCUAGAAUCAUUAACUAUAAUAUCCUAACUGGCCGCACAAAUUCCAAGGAUUUUUUUUUCGAGCAGAUUAGAAAUUUUUCAGUAAAAAAAGUCAUCCGUGGAAAUCGAAAAAAAAAUUCUGAGAUUUUGGUAUAAAAAUGUUUGCAUACGUUGAUGAAACUUAGCCUCAAAAUAUUUUCGGCUAAUUCUUUCGCUAACAUAGUUUUAUUUACAAUUUACCAGUUUUAAAGUAAGUCACCACUGAAAACAAAGUAUUCAACCAACAAGCCAUUGUUUAGGCGCAAAUUGUGUGAAAUUUCACGCUGAUUCCAAAAAUUGAAGAAUUAGCUGCGUAUGUUUAGAAACAACCGUUUUACGGCCGAUUUUAAGCGGCCGAAAUCCGUUUUGUCUAUGUUACAGUAAUCCUAAGGCCAAAAACCCUGCUCCAUUGAAUUCAGAAGGCUAAAAAACCUAAUUAUAAACAACUCUAGCCAUUUCCUAGACUAAAUUUGCACCAUAAUCCACGGAAACCAAAAUCCAAGUUUCAUCAUCAAAAAAAUGCUUUCAAGUUCGGAAAUCAACUUUGAUACAAUUCUUCAUACUUCUGAUAUACAUAAUCAAUCCACCUCAACCGAUUUUUUGAGGUUUUGUGCAGUUUUACGCAUUUUCCUUCCACGGGGAUCGAACCCGCGACCUUCGGAUUACUAAUUUUGACCAAAAUCCACUACACCACGAAAAAGGGGUGAUGACUUUUUACACUUUUUUUAAAUGUUUAUAGGGCAGAAUUUUACGCUGAUUAACAUAUGUAAAAAUCAGCUGCGGCAUUUGGGAAAUAACUUUUUUAUGGCCGAUUUUGUUCGGCCGAACCCACAUUGCGGUAUGUUACAGUAACCCGACGGUCCAAAUUCAGUGUUUUUUAUGACGGGCGUAGCCUAAAACAUAAGUAUUGUCAAUUUCAGCCAGUUCUGACGUGUGGUUUUGUUGUUAUAGUCGAUUACUGUAAAAAAAGUAAAUUGUAAAUUACAGUAGGUUAAUGCGAGAAUUAGACAAAAAUAUUUCAGACAUAUGUUUACUGGAUGCCUGCAGUCAUUUUAAAACAAAAAACUCAAAAUCGAUUUUUUUCUAUGUCCCGGCCUUGCACAUUCAGUGAGUCAGAAAUCGUGUUUUAAAAGUGUCCGAGCACGCUUAAAUUUGAGGCCCGGAUACAAUGUUCAUGGAGGACAAGUUCCUAAGGCCAAGCUCCUUGGUAAAGAAGAUGUCCAAAUAGUUGAUGAAGCAACAGGUAUUGUCCGUCGUAAUCUCCCUUAUGGCAGUGGAAAACGCGUUGAAAUGGGGGCAUGUCAACCGAUUUACGGAAAGGUCUCUGUUUUCGUGGCGUAUCGAAAAGAAGAAUACGAUAAGAAAUACAAGAUUGCACAAGCUACUUUGCAAUGUUAUUUGAAAUCGACCAAUUACACUCUCCAUUUGGUUGAUUUGUACAAUGAUCCGGAGGUGAAAAGGCACUGCAGACACAACGAAAUCUUCUUUCUGAAACAUUGCGCGGCCUCGGUUUAUCUGCGAAAGAGCGACUGGAUGCUGGUUUUGGAUGCAGAUACUGCCGUGGUGAACCCAAAUCAUUGCAUUGAGGAGUAUAUCGAUGACAGAGUUGAUCUGGUUUUCUAUGAGAGGUUCUUCAAUUGGGAAAUUAUGAGUGGAAAUUAUUUGGUAGGCACUUUAAUUUGUGUGCGUUAUACUUCUAUGCAUUCUAUGCAUUUAUUUCUUUACAUAGCUAUGUAAAGAAAUUUGCUUCUCAAAGAAGGUGUUUUUUUCUGACCGUCUCUCCUCAUUUCCCAUAGACUCUCGUUCGCAAAGACUGUUGAAUAUCUUCAUGGUAGUUUUCCGAUAUUACUUCCCCUUUUAUCUUUGUAUUUACAUAGAUAAUUUCAUUAAUAUUUCAGGUCAAAAACACUGCAUUUGGCCGGGAUUUCCUCAUGAAAUGGGCCAAUUACGAAUUCACAAAACCCAACAGCUGGAACGGCGCUGACAAUGGAGUUCUUCAAGUAAAAUAUUUAAAAAACUCUCUAAUCUUUUCGAAAUUCAGAUUCACAUCCUGAACACAGUUUUGCCCGAGGCAAUCAACGAAAGAAAAACUUGCUACAAAAUCUGGAAGAACGCAACAAGUUACGACAAUUACAUGGCCUAUGUAAUGUGUGUCAAACUAAUGCUGGGCGCCCAAAGAUUGUAUCCGGAACAGUUGAGGAUAUUGCGAAGAGGCCAUGGAAUGGCCAGAGAUGGGUUCCUGGUCUAUGACUCGUUUUGUGAUGCGGACUUUAUGUUCCAUGGAUACAAACAGAACGAGAUCGGGGAGGACAAAUGGGAAAGUCCGUGGAAGGUGGGCCAUUUAUAAGAUUGUUUAUUUUUCUCAAUGCGACGGUGAGAUGUCGAAGAACUCAGUUCCAGUAAGCAAAAAAUUUUGCUCCAUUUCAGAAGCCGGUAGUUCUCGAAGAAUGUGGUACGGGUUACAACGGCUGGUAUUGGCGGAAAAAGAAGCAAAUGCCCUGUUCUGAGAUUCGUUACCAUUUAGCGAACUUUGAGGAGCAGACAGCCCGUAGUUUUCCGAAAGAAGGCCGAGUAUUUCCGCAUCUUGAACUACCCGAUGUUGGAGAGUGUUGGCCAAAUUGUGAACAUUACUAG